AAAAUUGGGUUGGUGUCUAAAUGUCCCAAUGAUAAGAAUAUGAGUUGGUUUUGUUCUUGGGAGUGAAAUUCUUUUUGGUUUAUUUCAGAGUUUCCAAUUAUUAAUCGUUUUUUCUCUCUCGGGAUUGCGUCUCGAGUAUUUUCUUUUUGUCUUGGACUGUUGGAAACUCCUUCUCUUUUUUUUGUUUCCUAAUAUAGCAGCCACAUCCACACUCAUCACACAAUCUCUAUUUUCUAGGGUUUUAAAAGUUUCAUCUUCUCCUCCUGCAGGAACUCAUUUCUUUUCCGACCAAACUUAAGACAUCACUGUAAUAAAAUUCCUGCAAAUUCACUAAAAUAAAAAAAAAGGCAGUUAACCAUGGCGGUUUACUACUCGAGUAAUGCCAAUUGUUACCAGCAAGAACCAAUCUAUCUCGACCAUCAACAACAACAACAACAAGCUUCUUCUUCCUCCGCCGUCGCCGCCGCAUCUUUCGUCGGCGAAAAUGUUCGAAACGAGAUGGUUUUCAUUCCACCAACCACUGGUCUUCAGACUCUCAACGGAGAGGUUACCAGAAACGGUGCCGUUUCCGGUAACGAUCUAAGCUUUUAUGACGGUCAAGGACUGUCUCUAAGCCUCGGCAAUCAAAUCUCUCUUCCGUCCUUUCACCACCAACAAUACCACCAUUUGGGUUUCACCCCAAAUCCUUCAAUCUCGGUUAAGGAAACGUCACCGUUUGACGUGGAGGAGAAGAGCAAAGAGAUGAUGUUGUUACUGGGUCAAUCUAAUCCUUCCUCCGGUUACGCUGGACUCUACAGCAAUUACCGGUUUAACGAAACCUCAGGAGGUUUCAUGAGCAGCUUUUUGCGUUCCCGGUAUCUUAAACCGGCUCAGAAUCUCCUCGAUGAAGUGGUUAGUGUCAAGAAAGAGCUAAACCAGAUGAGAAAGAAGAAGCAGAAAGGUGAAGAAGACUUUAACAAUGGUUCCAAGGAUACACAAGGAGAGUUAUCAACUGAUUCGAAUGUGAAAUUAUCUACAAUAGAACGUCAAGAGCUUCAGAACAAGAAGAACAAGCUUCUAACAAUGGUUGAUGAGGUAGAUAAAAGAUACAACCAAUACUACCAUCAAAUGGAAGCAUUAGCUUCAUCAUUCGAGAUAGUAGCAGGGUUUGGAUCAGCUAAGUCUUACACAUCACUCGCUCUCAACAAAAUCUCUUGCAGUUUCCGCUCUCUCCGCGACGCGAUAAAGGAACAGAUUCAGAUCAUCAGAGAGAAGCUUGGGGAGAAAGGAGGAGGAGGAGAGUCAUUAGAUGAGCAACAAGGAGGAGGAGAGAGGAUACCGAGGUUGAGGUAUUUAGAUCAACGGUUGAGACAGCAGAGAGCUUUCCAUCAACAGCUUGGAAUGGUUAGACCAUCCUGGAGGCCUCAGAGAGGCUUACCUGAAAACUCUGUCUCUGUUCUCCGCGCUUGGCUCUUUGAACAUUUCCUUCAUCCAUAUCCGAAAGAAUCUGAGAAGAUGAUGCUUGCAAAACAGACAGGACUGUCGAAAAACCAGGUUGCUAAUUGGUUCAUAAACGCGAGAGUUCGUCUAUGGAAACCGAUGAUAGAAGAUAUUUAUAAAGAAGAGUUUGGUGAUGAGUCUGAGUUGCAAAUCUCCAAGUCUUCUCAAGAACUUAACAGCACCAACCAAGAUGACUCCUCGUCACAGCAGCAACAGGGAGAUAACAACAAUAACCUCGGCUAUCCAUCUGCAGACACAACAAACAUUAAUGACAAGCCACAACAAGAACAAGAGAUGAACCGGUCAGGGGACUACGAGACGCUAAUGAACUAUCAAGGGUUUGGUCUGGAGGAGGAGUACCGUUACAUGGGAGGGAACAACCAGGAAGACAGCAGAUUCUCCAAUGCCCAUCACUUGCACGACUUUGUUGUUUGAUACUAUCGUUUUUGGAACAGGGGACCAGAUUCUUGAAGCGCAAGGAAUGUGCUUGUUUUGCAUUUUUAUAAUUGAGGCAUAUAAUAGUAAUACACACCCAUAACUGAGGCGUAUAAAGUAGACGUGUAGGUUGCUUUUGUGUAUAGUAACGCCAAAUAUUGAUAUGUGUGUAUAAGAUUCAAGGUGAAGGUGGGAAUCAGGAAUACUUACUUGCAAAAGUGUGAACACCGUUUCAUUUUACAUGUUACAAAGAUUGAGCUCUUUGAAUACUUUGAUAGAAUGCAUAAUUAAUUUCGCUA